UUUUGCGUUUGCGCGUGUCGGCGACGCCACGCCUCUGUUAGUACGUGCACGAACGCGCUCUCAUUUCACUGCAAACUCCUGCUCACCAUUAUCACCUUUGCUGUCAAAUUCGUAAUUUUGCAUCUUGUUCUUGGCGAGUGGGUUCUCUUUGGAAGGCGCAAUCGCGGGCCAGCCCAGCGGCGGCAGAGCAGCUAAGCCGUCACAAGGUGUAGCUGGAGCCGUCAUCAUUGCGUCGGAGUGGAGUUGCCGUAGCAGCCCUGAUGGGGCGCAGGAGGAGGGCGGUGGCGAUGGAGAUGGACUUGGUGACGGGGCAGACCGGGGUUUGGACGGCGAUCCUGAAGGGGUGUGGAGUCCUGACAUCGAGCAGAGCUUUCAGGAAGCUCUGGCCAUCUACCCUCCUUGCGGCAGGAGGAAGAUUAUACUUUCAGAUGAGGGCAAGAUGUAUGGUCGAAAUGAGCUAAUAGCUCGCUAUAUUAAGCUACGGACAGGAAAGACACGCACACGCAAACAGGUGUCUAGUCACAUUCAGGUUCUGGCCCGCAAGAGGGUGCGUGAAUACCAGGCGAGCAUCAAGGUGGGCGCCCGCCGGAUAAAAGUCAUCCCUCUGAGCUUAUCUUCUGUCUUCUUUCUCUUUUCCUCUUCUUCCUGUCUUCUUUGCUGCCUUCCGAACUUGACAAUCCGCCUUCAGGUCUCUAGUCACCUGCAAGUCUUGGCCAAACGAAAGUCUCGUGAGAUUCACUCAAAGCUGAAGGCCAUGAACUUGGACCAGGUUUCCAAAGACAAAGCACUACAGACAGUGGCCAACCUUUCAUCAGCUCAGAUUGUGUCUGCAAGUGUGAUGAAAAGCCAAGCUUCUUUUCCUCCACCAGUCAGGUUUUGGCCGGGCCAUGUGCCAGGACAGCCUGGACAUUCUCAGGACAUCAAGCCCUUUGCACAGCCCCCAUACACAACACUAGCAGCAGCUCCUGUUCCUGCACCCAUCAGCUAUGAGUCCCUAGCUCCCCCUCGCCAGGCAGCAAUCGCAGCGCCUGUGUGGCAGGACAGAACCAUCGCCUCAGCAAAACUACGGCUUCUGGAGUACUCUGCUUUUAUGGAGACCCAGAAAGACAGAGAGAUGUAUAAGCAUCUGUUUGUGCAUAUUGGCCCAUCCAACCCCAGCUACAGUGACCCGGUGCUGGAGUCCAUAGACGUCAGGCAGAUUUACGACAAGUUCUCCGAGAAGAAAGGAGGUCUCAAGGAGCUGUAUGAGAACGGGCCCCACAAUGCUUUCUUUCUUGUCAAGUUCUGGGCAGAUCUGAGCAGUGAUCUUGAGGAAGGUUCCAGUGCAUUCUACGGUGUGAGUAGCCAGUACAGUGGAACGGAGAAUAUCACGAUCAGCGUCUCAACAAAGGUCUGCUCCUUUGGCAAGCAAGUGGUGGAGAAGGUCGAGACAGAGUACGCGCACUCAGAGGGAGGAAAGCACGUGUUCCGUAUCCAUCGCUCUCCUAUGUGUGAAUACAUGAUCAACUUCAUCCACAAACUCAAACAUCUACCAGAGAAAUAUAUGAUGAAUAGCGUGUUGGAGAACUUCACCAUACUACAGGUGGUGUCCAACAGAGAAACUCAGGAGACUCUGUUGUGCAUCGCGUUUGUGUUUGAGGUGUCCACCAGUGAACACGGAGCACAGUACCACGUUUACCGACUAGUUAACGAUUAGCACGUAUGACACGCAAAGACUGUCCAUGACUAUCUGACCUACAGUUAGUCAUUUCCAGCUCUCUCAUCCAGAUUGACACCAACACACAAACCACACGUACGCCUUACCAUCAUGGCCCCAUCCCAAUAUUUAAAACACUAUUGUGUGAACACGUGUCAUGUUGUCGAGAGUGUAAAUAAUCUCCAUUCAUGGUCUGUUGUUGAAGUCCUCCAGUUUCACUACUUUUCAGUUUCUUGAAGUCAAAUUGACAGAAGAAUAACAUGCCUCCAAAGGAAAAGCUCUGAAGCAGUUGAAUUGUUUAACAGUGAGUUUGUCUCAGUGUGGUGAUGCAUAAGAGGUCAGCCCCAUCAUUCCCAGCGAAAUCGAUGCGUCAUUGACAGCAGUGACUUUGAAUAUACAGUUGAUAGGUACACAGCACAGUUCAAAAUUUUAAGAGAGGGAGUACAAAUAGGUGUGAUCAUGAGGUUGAACAAGUGUGCGCACCCUCUUAAACUGGGAUUUGGCAGUGUUCACAAUUAUGCAAUCACAUUCAGGCUUGUCAAAUGGGAAGCAGCACACAUUUGCAACCAUGUUAACUGCUUCUCAUGACCCCAAAUAAAGUUCAGAUAUUCUUGUCAGGCUUUUCCUGACAUUUGUUUGCUUUCAUGCAGAUAGCCUGGUGGAUUUUUGCUAACACUGACUGGUGUUUUUGAAGCGUUCGUAAUUAAAACAAAACCAGCCCCAAAGUUGCCAGUAUCCUGUGUGACUGUAACUAUGGUUUUCCUUUGUUUAAAAUCAGUGUUGCUUGCUCCAAACAACUUGGUGAAUUUUAGCCAAUUUCAGAUUUACUGGACCAUAACAAAUUUUCCCCUCAUGAGCGUGAUUGUUUUGGGAUGUAGCUGGGCUUGAAUAAAGCUUGGAUUUCGCCAACCUUCCCCAUUACCCUGACAUAUGAGGAAGACGGGAGACUGAGAAUGUAUUGGACUGCCAGUACUUGCCAGUAAUUCCUGCAGCUCCUUCAAUGUUGCUGUUGGCCUCUUGGCAGCCCCCAUGACCAGAUUUCUUCUUGUCUUUUCAACAAUUUGGAUGAAUGUGCAGUUCUUGGUACUGGCACCGGUGUGGCAAAUGUUCUCCACUUGAUGAUGACCGCUUGCGUUCCAGGGGAUAGUGAAUUACUCGGAAUGUACGAUACACAUCUUUUGACUUUCUACUUUUUGAACAAUGAGAUCCCACUGAUGCAUUGGGAACGCUCAACAGACCAUAGCUCAUGUCUUCAAAAAUGUCAGGAUCAAGCCGAGUAGAACAUCUGUUAUAUGGGGUUAAUCAGAGGCACAUUCUGUGGGAGGUGUGCUGCUAACUCUUAACUCAUUCAGUACCAACCAAUUCUGGACCAAGUCCGAAAAGACGUUUAAAAACGUCUUUGGGAGUGAAUGAGUUAACAGGAGUUUGAAUGUUUGGGCUAUUAUGAACAGCCACAUCCCAAGUUAUUAGGGUGUGCACUCUUAACACAACAUCCACAUUAUCUCAUUUGUUCAUUUUUGCUUCUCAAAUACUUAAUUUAUUCAAUCCACACUACAGAAGAAAUAAGAAUGGGAUUAGACACUCGUCACAAGAUCCAGUUGAAUUUCAUUUUCUGUCUUUUCCGAUGUCUUUGCACUCCCUCAGAGUUAUAAGAUGUCCAUUUCAAGGCGUUCUGUACAUCAUUCAAGGUACAAAGUAGACCGAGGCAGAAAGACUUUUCGCUCAAUUCUCAUGUGACUUUUGUUUGUUUUUCAAUUUGAGUUUUCAGUUUAUAGUUUACGUUAAUGGUGUAAAAAGUUUGAAAUAAUUUGUCAGAAUGUGUUGUUGUUUUUAAACUGUAUAUCACAAAAACCAGUUGUUUGAACAGGGGUGUCUAGGCUAAUAUCCACUGUACAAUGAUUUUGGAUUUUCUAUUUCAUCACUGACAUCUUAUCUACCACAAUAACCAUAUUCAGCUGUACUGUGUCUAAUGACAUUUUCUGAGUCAGUCAAAUGAACACAAGUUCCAAGAAUGAUGACACAUGAACAGAUGGGAAAACAUAUCUUGAAUGAAACAGAGUGUGAAAAGUUGUCUUGCUUAGCAGUUGAUUGGGAGUAAGAAAAGAUCAAAUCUUAAGUAAGCGUUAAUGAUCGCUUCAGUCAUUGCCAACAAACGAAGUCACACAAAGGCGUCGGCAUUCUGAAAGGAAGAUAAAUUCCCUGGACUGUUUAGUUGCCUUUGCUGCAUUAUUUCUACCUCCUGUGUGAGUUGGGAUUCAACACGUGCUUUCAUAAAGCCUUGACCUGAGGAGCACUGACGUAUAGGACGUGUGCACACUACAUUUUUAAUGGUACGUUUUAUAAGCCAAAAUUAGCUCAUUAUACUCUUAUUUUUGUUUUUGUAAAAGCAAAUGUUUUUACCAGUACAGCUACCGCUAGUAAUUUUUUUUUUAUUAUUUUUUUUUUUUGGCCAGCAUGGCGCGGUCCAUGCUGCUGUCACCUGCAGGUCACUGGGGUUAAGUCCUCCAAACUGACACUUGUUUUGCUCUGUGGAAUGUUUUUGACUUGUACAUUUAACCAUAACUAAGCAACACCUGUUAGUCAUCUUGUCAUACCCUCAUCUACCAGCAAGAUUAUCAAUCGUGUGGAUGAUGACAAGAAUGUGUUUUUGUGUUUUGGUUUUGUUGUUGUCCACCUCCCCCCCUCCCCCUCCACCCCAUCAUCGUUUGAGCCGACACGUUCACUUGUAUCGCAUUCACUGUGUGGAACCACGUUCUGCAGUUUUUGUUUGUUUGUUUUUUGAAGGGGGGUGCGCAUAUUCCUUCUGUCGGUGUAUUCACAUCUGCUCAGUACGUUGAAUGUGUGCCUUUUAGGCUAUGCCAAUAAAAUCACUCACGGUGUUUGCAGGA